UUACUUCUCUCGCAUCUUGGUCCGCUCCCGUCGCCAUUGACAGUCGUAUUCUCUUCCCGCCAAGAUCGACAAUGAUCCAGCAUCGCAUACCAUCCUCAGCCUUCUCCCACGGCUCCCGCGCCAGCUCCAGAUACUGCGGCGACUUCUCCUUCAAUCCGCAACCGGAUUAUUACCUAGCCCCAAGAUCAGAACCAGAAAUGUCUUACUUAUAUGCGCCCCCACAUGGCAGCCCGUUCACGAUGCAGCAGCAGCAGCAGCAGCAGCAGCAGCUGUCAUCGCCGCCGCCACAACAACAGCAACAGCAACAGCAACAACAGCGCCAGCAGCAACAGCAACAACAACAGCGACAACAACAGCGACAGCAAAUACAAUCGCAGCAACAAUCUCAACAGCAUUUUCAAACACCUCGCAGUGGCAUUAGUUUGGCCGUCACCCAGGGACCCACGUGCGCUAAAGUUGCCACUGGCAAAGAAAAGGAUCGCAAACCGAUCGACCCGCCUCCCAUUCUUGAACUCGUUAUCAACACGAGAAACUUUGACCGCAGCUUCUACGGUAAUCCUCAGCACUGCCUUGUCGACCCUUCCUGGUUUCUAUACGCGUCAUUGAUCAACGCACAAGAAGACAGCAGGCAAGACCCCGAGAUGACCAGGAAAGCGCUGGUCGGCUCCACGUGUUCAUCACUACAAAAGUACAAGGACCCCGAUCACCAGGACGCAGGCUACUUUGUGUUUGGAGACCUUUCGGUUCGUUUUGAAGGAUGCUACAAGCUGCAGUUCUAUCUGUACAAAAUGCACGGAACCGAGAUGGUUAUGUGCGCCUCGGCCACUACCGAGGCGUUCCAAGUUCACACGCAAAGGACGUUCCCAGGCAUGGCCGAGUCAACGUUCCUCACGCGCUACCUCAGCGAGCAGGGAUGUCGACUACGUCUUCGGAAAGAUUCCCGCAUGGCCUCGAACAGGAAGCGCCAGCUCACGUACGGAAUAGAGGCAGAACACGCCCGUUCUUUCGCCCCCGGCCCGUCAUUGAAGCGCCGCCGUGGAAAUGAUGGGUUGGCUGCGACAGUCGACAACGACGGUCUCGAGACACAGGAACAGGUACAGGCACAGACACAGGCACAGGCAAUAGUGGGAGGAGGAGGAGCACAUCUUCAACCACAGACGGAGCCGCAGGCAGAGGUCGAAUGGUGGCGCACAUGGGAGCCCGUGGUCUGAAAACCAGGCAAGGAAAAGAGAGAUGAAAGAG